UUAGUUAGCUCCAGUUUACAAAUUUCUCAAUAAUUUAACCCACAUUUAAACCCCCCAAAACCAGGUUUUUUCCUCUCCUCAGAUCAUUUCCCUUCUUCUUCUUCUUCUUCUUCAGUUUCUUGGUUUUGAUACUGCAAGCUAAGUAAGGUUUAUCCAAUUCCUUUACACAUUAAUUACUCACCAUCAUGUCAUUGUUCUUUAUUCUUCAAUUCAAUCCACGUACAGAAAGUGGAUACUAAACUAAAGUUCUCUCUUUUCCAUUACCCAAUACUCUUUCUACCUUGCUGGGCCAAUCUGAUUGUGUGUGCCAUUUCUUUUCUUUUCCUUUCCCUUCAUAAUCAUGGCUACCACAUAUCAUCAGAUGGCUACUUCUCCUAUGUAUCUCCUCAGAAACUCAGUACUACCUUGGAUUGCUGUUGUUCUUGUCCCACCCUCCUUGUUAUUUGCUAUAUUCUCAGGCCAUGGUGUUUUGUCUGUUUCCAUCACAUCUUUGGCUUUUCUCCUCAUAACACCCAUUUUUUUAGCAUUCUCAAAGCAAAAGCCUGCACCCACCAUGAAGAAACCAGAAGAAGAAGAAGUUGCAGAUGAAGCUUUAAUGGUGGAGGAGAAGACAGACCAUUCAUCAUCUUUGAGUGAAGAAGAAGAUUCAGAUUCAGAUUCAGAUUCAGAUGCAGACUGGCCAUUCUCAUCAUCAGGGAACAAUUCUGGGCACAGCCCACACUGUUCAUCAGAUUGCUCAAUUUCUGAUGAGGAAAGCUUGAUUGAGCUAGCCCUUCCCAGUGGCCAUUUUCUUGGGCUUCAAAAACCCCCAGUGGACUACUUGUUUGCAGACAUUAAUGAGGAAGACAAUAUGAUUGAGAUUGACAUAUCCAUGGGCUCCAUCAAGUGCUCAAGAUUUCAUGAGAUCAUUGAGGCAUGACUUUUAUCAUUAAAUUACUGCAACAUAUAUAUUAUUAUAUUGUUCAAAUUUUUCUAGUGCUUAACUUUAAUUUGUUCAAUAUUAUAUUAUUAAUUAAUGGUUUUUGUUUUUUUAAAAGUCCUAGUGCAUCUAUCUGUGUGGUUAAAGCAUUAGUGUGUUGCUUUAUUAUAUCCAAUCCAUUGACCUUGAUCUUGGAAAAACUUCGGAUACCCAUGGAAGCACAGUACAAUUGUAAAUAAAUAUGAGUCUUUGUUUUUUACUUGAGCCACAUUAAAGAAUCCUUAC